AUGGUGGGCGCCGCAACGGGUGCCAUGGGCAGCCUCCUCCUCAAGCUUGGCAGCCUCCUCAGGGAGGAGUAUAAGCUGCAGACAGGCGUGAAGGAAGACAUCCGGUAUCUUGAGAGAGAGCUGAGGAGCAUGCAUGCUGCCCUUCGCAAGGUCGGGGGCAUACCACGGGACCAGCUUGAUGAGCAGGUCAAGCUCUGGGCCGACGAGGUCAGGGACUUGUCAUACCGAAUGGAGGAUGUCGUCGACAAAUUCUUGGUGCGCGUCGAGGCUACCACCAUCGUUGGGGUACCCAAGCUCAAGCGGCUCAUGGAGAAGAUGGGUGAUUUGUUCACCAAAGGCAAGAUACGACAUGACCUCGGCGAACAGAUCAAAGACAUCAAGGUACGCAUACAGGAGGCAGCUGGCCGGCGUGAUAGGUACAAGGUCAAUGAGGUGGUUUCUAAUCCGCCGGGCGCAACCGUUGGCAUGGCCACGGCUGACCCUCGUUUGUUGGCUUUGUACAAGGACAGGAAAGAUCUGGUUGGCAUUGAUGUGGCGUUGAGUUACCUAACAAAGGUGCUGACCGACGAAGACAAGGAGCUCAAGAUACUCACUAUUGUUGGAUUUGGUGGGCUUGGAAAGACAACUCUUGCCAAAGCAGUGUAUGAUAAGCUCCAAUCGUCAUACGAUUGCAGCGCUUUCGUUCCAGUAGGGCAGAAUCCCAGCGUGAGAAAACUUCUCAUGGAUAUUCUCUUUGGAAUCAACAAGAAAAUAUACCGAGAUUCAUUGGCAUUGGAUGAGAGGCAGCUGAUUGACAAACUCCGAGAAUUACUCGAGAAUAAGAGGUACUUCAUCAUUAUUGAUGAUAUAUGGGAUAUGAAUGUGUGGGAAACAGUCAGAUGCGCUUUGACCGGUGAAGUAUACAAACUAAAACCGCUUUCUCGUGAUUUAUCCAAGGAGUUAUUUAAUACAAGAUUAUUUGGAGGUAACAACAAAUGCUCUCAUGAUCAUCCAACAAAAGUAUACGAUAAAAUUUUAAAUAAAUGUGGUGGUGUGCCUUUGGCUAUAAUCACAAUAGCUAGUUUGCUUGUUGGUAAACCAGUGGAGGAUUGGUCUAAGGUAUACAACUUGAUUGGUUUUGGGAGUGAAGAUAACAAAGAUGUCGAGAACACAAGAAAGAUACUUUUGUUCAGCUAUUAUGACCUACCUUGUCAUCUAAGGACUUGUUUAUUGUACCUGAGCAUAUAUCCAGAAGAUCAUUUUAUUGAGAAAGAUACUAUAAUAUGGAAGUGGGUUGCCGAGGGUUUUAUUCAUGAGGAACCGGAGGUAACAUUAUUUGAGAUUGGCGAGAGAUAUUUCAACCAGCUGGUAAACAAAAACAUGGUACAACCGAUUGAGAAGCCAUAUAAUGGAAUCAUUAUUGGUUGUCGUGUCCAUGAUAUGGUGCUUGAUAUGAUAUGUCUAUUGUCGAAAGAAGAAAACUUUGUUACUUUAUUGGAUGGUAACAAGCAGUACACAUCUUCACAUGUCAAUGCUCGUAGGUUAGCAGUUGGAUGGAGAUCUGAUCCUCUGGCCAACAUGUGCAUGCCCCAAGUGAGGUCCCUUAAUGCCACGUGCAAUGUUACUAUGAUGUCAUCGCUUUCGUGCUUCGAAGUUUUACGUAUCCUAGAUCUAAAAUGUGAAACUGAUUCUUUUGUUUGGACAAAAAUAAAACAUCUUCAUCUUCAGCAUCUUGGAAAGCUAGUUCACUUGAGGUAUCUUGGACUAGGGGACCUGGAUAUCUGUAAACUCCCAAAGAAAAUAGGGAAUCUUAAGUUUUUACAAACACUGGAUUUGAGUGAUAAUGACAUCGAAAAACUGCCGAAGUGUAUCAGUCAACUAAAUCAACUCAAGUGUCUCCAUGCUUACAAUAGCUCAACAAAAAUACCAAACUGGAUCGGGAAUCUGACAUCUCUGGAAGAGUUACGGAUUAAUGGCAGCAAAGUUUCUCCGAAAUCUUUGAAUGGGCUCGGCAAGCUGACAGAGUUGAGAAAGCUCCGUAUUGAAGGACAUUUAUGGUUAUGCAGCGAGAGCUUGGAAAAUGCUUGGGUGGGGUCUCUAGUAAAACUACAGAAAAUCGAAGUCAUAGACGUUGAAACUAUUAUGUCAUGGCUAGAUGUUGACGACACAUGGGAAGGCCACGUCCUUCCUCGACAAAUCAUUGUUCUACACAUGUCAUAUAUCCAGCCUGGGUUGGUAGCAAAAAUUAACCCCUCACUUCUUCCAAAUCUCUCCCAUUUAACUAUACAUGUCGGCACUCCAAAUCUAGAGAUCUUUGGAAGGUUCCCAAAGCUUCUUACUCUCAAGUUGGACAUGCCGGAUGGUCGCCACCAUGAUGUGAUGGGCAGUGCAGGUGCAUUCCCCAAGUUGAGAGUUCUCAAGACGUCCGCGACACCUGGCCAGUUUCUAGAGGGAGAUAUGCCAAGCCUCGAAUCCCUCCAGUUCAUUUUCCAGGCGCAGUACACUGAGGAUGGCAAGCUUCAUGACUUUGACCUCAGUAGCUUGGUGAACCUCCCUUUGCUCAAGGAAGUCAUAGUCGGCAUACAGGAGGAUAUCUAUCAUGAAUUCUCCGACGAGAUUGACAAAGCAGGGAGGUGCGCAGUCAAUGCCCAUCCUAGCCAUCUCAAAUUUCACGUCAAGGCGAUCGGAAUGGCAUCGUGGGAGAAUAAAAAUGGUAUGGUCUAUCGAAGAAAAGUACCUGUGGAGGUUGACCCCUCCCACGUAGCUGUGGUGCUCCCGGUCCCUAUCGGCGGUGGUCUCGUUUGGUUUGUGCCGGCCUCGCAGCGUCUGCGGUGGAGAGACGACGGUGGUGUCCUCGUGACUGUGGUGACGCAGGUUGGUGGGCGGUUGGCGUGGUGGAGCCGCCGGUUGGUCUUGGGUUGUAGGUUUGAGGGGUAG